AUAUCUAUGCCAGGCCACUGGAAACUCUGGCAACGCUGGACGUGAAGGUGAACCAAGAGGAAUUCGUACAGUAUCUCCUUUCUUACGUCAAAAACUUCACCAGCGACCUCUUCCAGGAGCUGCUGAAGCAUCUGCUCCAAUCUUCUCACGAUGCCCGCAACGCCAUCCGACACGACGUCUGGAGGCAGAUGUUCGUCCAGCUGUUCUUCGAUUGUGAAUAUGGACAGAUAGGACUCUUGGACAGAGCGAAGGUCUUGUCGCUCCUGGAGAAGUUCUACCGCAGCAGCUCGGACCUGGCCAAGGAGAUUUAUUGUAACCCCAAAAAAUGGCCCAUCGCUGAACUGGACGACAUAGACCUGACGGAGUUUUGGGGCAACCUGGAGCCAGACGAUGAAGAGGAACCUCCAGAGGAACCACCUACCCCUGAGCGUACAUUAUCUCAGGAAGCCAUCUACCUCAACAGGAAGCUGAAGGGCAUUCUUUCUGAUGAGCAAGCAGCCCUUGGCGCCAACGGAGAACCAGCCGUCCACGAGCUGGAAGACGCCGAGAUGGAGCAGCAGGUCAGCCCACCGGAAGCGGCGACUGAAGAUGUCCCUACAACAGCCGCCCAAGACGAAGCAGAAGAACCUCAAGCAGAAAUGCCAGCAUCUGAGCUGGAACCCCAGGUGGCAGAGGCUGAAGAGGAGCCCGAAGCUACCACAGAGCCCACCACUGAAGAAGUGGAGAGACCUGCUGGUGAAGAAGCUGCCCCAGAAGACCAUCCAGGGACACCGCUUGAGCCCCUUUUGGAAGGAGAAGAAGUUGUGAAGGAAGUCAAGUCAGAAGAGGCCAUCCUGGCUUCGCCUUCCCAGGUGGCAGCUCGGGUGCAGAAGAUCUUGGACGACGAGGAAGAACCGGUCCCCAAGUCUCCCUCGGUGGAGAAGGACCUUGCUCCAAAGGGAAUGGAAGCGGAAGGGACAGAUGGGCAGGAAGAGCCAGAAGAGAAAGCAGAGCCUGGAACAGAGGUAGAGGAAGAGGAGGCAGGUGGACAGGCCAAGCCAGAAGAGAAAGCAGAGGCAGAUGGCCAAGGACCAGUGGGCCCCAAGGACCAGGCUGCUACUGGAAAAGACAAAGCGCCAGGAGUCUUGGAUACAACCCUGCUUCUCCUCCUCUCUUGCUCCGCCCUCGGCCCUGCCGGCUGUCGGUCAACGGAGCUGCAGGACGUGUUUCUCUUUCCAGAUCUCCGCCUGGGGAUGAUCGAAAUCCAGACUCGGGGCCCCCCGGCCUCCCUCAGCCCCUUUGAGAAGAGCUCCCUCAACCUGCCCCAGUUCGUGCAGCUGAUGGAGACCUUCGUGGGCGAGGGGACGUCCCUGCCGAGGCUGAAGAAGGCGGUCGAGUUCCUGAAGAAGGGCUACCUGCAGACGGAGGCUGAGAGGUUCAGCCAGCUGGAGAAGGUGCAUCAGGCGUCCCUGUUGCUCCGGCAGCAGCUUCUCGUCACGGCCCUUUUCGAGAAGUGGGACAACGAGUGCUCGGGGUUCUUGGAGAUGAAGGAGGUGGACUCGGUCCUCAGCACCUUCAAGGAAGGCAUGGAAGAAGAAGCCUUGACCAGGGCUAAGCUGCAGCUUCCCUUUCCCACCUGGCACCCCAGCGGGAUGGUCAAGCUAACCCAGAGGGACUUCCAAAGCUACGUCGAGCUGGUGAUGUCCGAGCUCACCGGAACCGAACAGGAGACGCUGGACAACCUCGUGGAGUUCCUGAUGAUGGCCGUGGGGCGCCCCCACCUGGAACGGUUGCGCGGGAACGCCCGGCGCAAAUGGCUGCUGCGGAUCGAACACGCGGCUGUGACCGGCGGCGGAUGCAUGGAGCCCAUCUACCAAGCGGUCUUCAAGGCUCUCUCCAGGGACACUGAUGCUCACGGAGACAAGAAGAAGGUCAGCGCCUACAUCGCCCUUCUGGAAUACAACGUCAUAGCCCCUGAGCGGGGAGACAUUCUCCUGCGCUAUGUGGCCUCCACAGAAGACGAUGCCCCUUAUCUCCUCAACCAGAUCCUUUUCAUGGAUAUGCCGGGAGUCAGCUUUCAAGCCGCCUUGGAUGACAGGCCCAUCCAUGUCCCCCGAGUUCACCUGCACGGAAAUAUCCACUUCUGGAACUCCGAUUGCCCCCAAAGCGAGCAGAGGGGCUCCUUCCUGGUGCUGCCCCUGGAAGAUGUCCGGAGAAGGGUCUUUGGGGUCCUCGGACUGGACACGCUCAGGGACAAGAAUGAAAAAACCAUCUUCGUUCCCCAUGAGAUCCGUUACUACCAGGGCAUCGCGCACUACUUCAGCAAAGCCUACCAUCACAUCCGCACCCAGCAAAGUCUGCUGCAGAUUAUCCUCACCGGGGUGGAGUGGCUGUGCGGCCGGGCGCCGGGCCUGCAAAGCAUCACCGCCUACUUCAUGGAGCCUGGAGAGAGCCGGAGCGAGUCUCCCUCAAAGAAAGUUCGAGAUUACCUCUUCAAGUGCAUAGACUGCGCUCUGGUGGUGACUCAGCGCAUCAACGGGGAACAACACGUUGCGGUGCCCCUGAGGAACACAAGCGGCCAAGCUAUCAUGAUGCUGGACCUCAACCUCGGAGCCCGUCAGCAGCUGUCACCUUGUGCCCACAAGGACAUGCAGAAGAUGCUGAAGAUGGUGCAAGCCGCCACUCACGAGAUCCUGAAAGAGGAUUCCGGAGAUCUGGAACCAUAUUACGUCUUGGAGGCUGAAUACGUCGGGGACUGGCGGCGCGGAGGGGUCCUUUUCUACCGCUUCAUGCUGCAGGAUCUACAGCACUGCAUGUGGAAUCUUGAUCCCUGGACCUCCUUCGGCGACAUCCGAUCCUUGGAGAAACCUCCAGCCCUGGUCCACAUCAUCUUGAAAUGUGUGGUGCUUAUUUUGUACCCGCAGUGGGCUGGCACGGAGGAGGUGGAGAAGUGGAGCACCUGCAUACAGAAACUCGACGGAGAACUCAUUGAAAACAUUUGCUACUUUGACCCCACGGCUUCCUACGUGGAGGUCCGGCCGGAGGUGCUGUACAGCUGCCUGAAAGGCGCACGCAGGAAAGCGGUCUGGAGGUUCGGCUCGGCUCCGCUGGAGUACCUUUACAACUGGACGUGCACCUGCUUGUCCCUGAUUGAAAUGUCCAAGAAACUUCAGCACCACAGCAGCAUGGGCAGCUCAGCUUCGGCCCUUUGGACGCCCACCUUGUCUCAGUCCAUCCGCUCGUCCCAAAUCUCGUCUCUCCGGUCCGCCUCUGUUCUCUAA